GGGCCCGGAGACAUGAAGCCGGGCGACUGGAACUGCCCCUCGUGCGGGGACCAUUCCGAGGGCCGUCUCAGCCAGAAAGCCGACCUCUCCAGGAGACGUCCACGCUUAUGAGCCCGCGGCUGCGACCAAGGCAACGGGGGGUGCCUCCCGGUCGGCGGCAGCUUCGGCGACGGCGGAAAGGGCGGUCCGUGCAAGUGGUGCGCGCAG